AUGGCGGAGCAGCAAGCGAUUGUGGAGGAGCAGUACACGCGGCCUCAGGGACUGUACCACCACCGAGACGUGAACCUGGAGGAACUCCGGCGUCUGAUUCUCGACGCGAAGUUAGCUCCGUGCCACGUGGGGAGUGAUGAGCUUAGCCACGAUCUCGACGAAUGUCCCAUUUGCUUUCUGGGCUAUCCUAGUCUGAACUGGAUGAAGUGUUGCAAGAAGGGGAUGUGCACAGAAUGCUUCCUUGUAGUGAAGGGUCCUGCUACUCACAGCAUUGAAUGUUGUCCCUUCUGUGUGACUACUGGAGCGUCUGUGGAGUACCGGGGCAGGCGCACUGCUGAGGAGAUUUUGAUGGACAUGGAGGUAGAUCAGAAGGCGAUUGAGGCAGAGAUUAAGGCAAAAAGAGGAAAGAAGGAUGCAUGUGCUGCUGCUCUUCCUGUUACGCCUGCGCGAUCCACAGCCGAAGCAGAAGCCGAAAUGCAUGACCACACGUCCUCCUCUGCUGUAGACCUGUCCAACGAAGAGGAGCAGAGGGCAAUUGAAGAGGAGAUCAGAAGGAUCCAGGAACAGGAGGCGUACGCUGCUAGCCUGGUUGAUAUGGACGAGCAGAGGAUGAUAGAAGCAGAGAUUCAGCUGCGCCGGGAAGAGGAGGCGUAUUAUGCGCUUCUAGCUGGCCAGGUAGCAGCACUGGACGACCCUGAUAGUGCGGCUCCUGCAGCAGAAGCACCCAAUCUCUCAGACAACCCAUCUGACAAUCCUCCUGGUUCCAGUGCCGCAGAUGCUACAUUGGAUGCUGCUGCUGCUGCCGGUGCUUCGUCUGAAGCAGACGAUGCUGAAGAUUCUGACGAGGAAGUUAUUGAUGAGGAUCAGGUGGAGGCUCCAUCAUCGUCCGCGCCUGCAGUGGGGAAUGGCGACUCUGUACCAUCAGGCUCAAAGGACUCUGCAACAUCGGCAGCACCAGCAGCUGCAACUGUGGUUGCGUAG